AUGAUCCGUAUUGGUUGCGGACGUCUGGAAUGUCUGGAAUUUGCGCAGCACGAAAUCUCGACCAAAAAGGUAGUCAACGAAUUAAUACCUCUUGCAACUAAACAAUCAAACGACUUAAUUCAAACUCAGCCCAAAAUGCUUCUUCGCGUCGAUCCAGCAAACAACCUCCCACCAGUCAUUUAUCAACUGGCAUUCACUCACUCUGUCGCCUAUCCUAGCAGCUGGCUUGCUAGGUCUUUGGAGGCACAACCACUCGCACUCGAGCGCAACAAGCCGAUGGUCGCCGACAAAUCAUCGUGGAUUAUCCACCUUGUCAACCAAGUCACCUUCGACCUCUCCCAUAAGACUGUCAGAGUUGAGCUCACUGAGGAGUCUUACCAUGAGCCAAUCAACGUGACACUCAGCGGCGAUAGCCUGGAUAACGUCGCUUCCAUCGUCACUGACGUGCAGGAUGCAUGUGCUCUCGCCCGUGAAGAGCAGGAGCAGGCCAAGGAAAUCAAAAACAGAUCCCUCGAACUGUCAAGAUCAAGAAGCUCUUCUACAAGCUCAAACGAAUCUAACCAGUCGAACAACUUUAUCGCCUCAGUUUUCUCAAUCUUCGGCGGUACUGGUGGGGGUGCUCGUAGUGAUGCUAGCAACGCUAGCCACUCCCGGUCAUCUUCCCCAACGCCUUCUUCAACAUCAAGCGAGAGCGGUAAAAUUAGCGGCACUCAAUCUCCAUCUCGUUUGCUGCGCACACAAGCCCGCGCCAAGCUUGCAGAUGCAUUUAGAAGAUACGUCUUACCAGCACUCAAGACGCAGCUUGUUGGGGUUGCAGAAGAGCAUCCCGAGCACAAAUCCAACAUCGAUUACUACGAAUUUCUUGCGUACUCUAAGAUAAAAGCGCAUGAGCGCGAGGUAGACAGAUGUUACGCAGAAGGCAAAGCCCUCCAACGCCAAAUGGAUGUCUUGCAUGAUCCAUCGCACCGCUCUCGCAAAGGUGCACUUGCUGUGUUACAAGAGAGCCUCAUUUCGAACAACACGGCUCCCUCGUUACGCACGCUUAAGACACAAGCUGAUUCACUCAACAAGCGUCGCCAGAAACUCGAAAACAAGACGGUUACAUUGAGGAACACGCUUGAUUCACUCAAGCAGUACACAGCUAAACGCGAAGCUAUCGCUAAGGAGCACGCGGCUGAACUGGAGUCGGCAUCUCUGCGUAGAAAUGGACUGCUUAUGGCGUCGCAAGUCUCACCUAAACCGGCUUCUUUUGCCCCACGUCGCUCUUCCCCACUCAAGCAGGCGAGUGCAUGA